CAAAUAUCUCCCCGAGAAACCAUUUCCUAUAUGGGCCACGUUUGCUUUUCGGAAAGCGAACCAGUUCGCAUGUUAGUUCGGGCAUUGUGUCUGCGGUCAUCUACACUCUCAGCACUGCUAAUUGUUUGACACGCCUGCACCGUUAUUUGCCACCAUUCGUUUAACUCGCGAACAAAUUCAUUGACAUUAUAUUCACUCUAUUUACAAGUAUUUUCUCUCAUUGCAGAUUCUCAAGUUUGUAGGCGUCAUUCAAUUGCAUACUCGCGGUGUCAACGGACUCUACCAGUUGUGCAACACACUUACCGAAUUGCAACUACAACUUUUGCCCGAUAGCUCCAAUCUUACUCAAAUUCUUCGGGAUCACCAAUUCGUCCCCCUCCAAAAGGAUCCGUAACAUAUAUGGAAAUCGGGCCAGGCUUGCAACUUUGGGUGGGGAAUUCCAGCGCUUCGGAGCAACAUUCACUUCAGCAUUCUAAUGGACCCAUUUCGUUCAAAGAUUUCCACGUGACUCAACCCUAUGCAUUUCCUGUUGACCAGCUGUCGGGUCUGGAACUAGAACUAGAAUCUGACAGCGAAGUAGGCGUCGAUUCCGGUCCGAAUUGGAUCGAUGAUCCCUUCCCGAUUGACAGAAACGGCCUAUGUGUUUCACCGAGACCAAACCGGGCGACCUCAGAGCUACUGGAUGAUCCAGAAUCGCCCAGACCACUGGUUAUGGACAUGGAUCCACCUGAGGAUUUGGCUCACAAUGAAGCAGUUGACUCGAAUCUGGUGGACUCGGCAAACACUGAACUGGGGCCGAAGGAAGAGAAGGAGCACAAAAAGGAUGCCGAAGCAUCACCCGUUAGACAGUCACCUGUGGCAUACGAUCCUAUUGCGUUGGGAUGCAACUCGGACGAACAGCAUCGCGAGGUCGAAUGCGCGCCCAACUCCGAUUUGCCAUCCGUGUUGACACCGGAGGUACAGGAGCGACCGCAGACACCGACUGCCAUUACCAGUGAUGGUUUCGAUGACCGUGCGUCAUGUGGCACUCUGCAAGCGGCUGCAGGACAAUUAAGUCCAACAUCUUCACCUGGCCUAAAGGCCUACGUCCAUUGUUCCUUGUGCAACAGAACAUUCAGGGACAAGCGCUCACUGAAUAUCCACAUCACAAAGACGCACUCAAACACCAAGGUGAUAUUUGGCAACAAUCACAAUACAGAUACCGGAGGUCUCAAAUUACGCUUGGUUUCGUUGCCACCGACAAAACGUUCUAGACGUUCCGCAUCCAUCAUCGAACCCCAACCACCCGUAAGUCUUCGUUGUGUUCCACGUCUUCCUCGUACUUUUGCUGCAAUGACUUACAAAUCUGGUGUGUCAGACUAUCCAAACAUCGGUCAUCGUGAUGGUUUAAUAUCCGGCCCAUAA